UAUAAAAGCCAGCCUUGCAAAGGACAGCUUAAUUCCCAUCUUUCGUCCUCUGGGCUCUUCGCUUGCCAGGUCAAAGAAGAUUUGCAAGAUGCGUGAAUGCAUUUCUAUCCACGUUGGCCAGGCUGGUGUGCAGAUUGGCAAUGCUUGUUGGGAACUGUACUGUCUGGAGCAUGGAAUUCAGCCAGAUGGGCAGAUGCCCAGUGACAAAACUAUUGGAGGUGGAGAUGACUCCUUCAAUACCUUUUUUAGUGAGACUGGAGCUGGGAAACAUGUGCCUCGAGCUGUUUUUGUGGAUCUAGAACCUACUGUGAUAGAUGAGGUUCGGACUGGCACAUACCGUCAGCUCUUCCACCCAGAACAGCUGAUCACCGGAAAGGAAGAUGCUGCCAAUAACUAUGCUCGUGGUCACUACACUAUUGGCAAAGAAAUAAUUGAUUUGGUGUUGGACAGGAUCCGAAAGCUGGCAGACCAAUGCACAGGGUUGCAGGGAUUUCUCAUUUUUCACAGCUUUGGAGGAGGCACUGGAUCAGGUUUUACUUCCUUGUUGAUGGAAAGGCUCUCUGUGGAUUAUGGCAAGAAGUCCAAGCUGGAGUUUUCCAUUUACCCAGCACCUCAAAUAUCAACAGCUGUGGUGGAACCCUACAAUUCAAUCCUCACCACACACACCACCCUUGAGCACUCAGACUGUGCUUUCAUGGUAGACAACGAAGCCAUCUAUGAUAUCUGCCGUAGAAACCUGGACAUUGAACGCCCAACUUAUACAAAUCUGAAUAGGCUGAUUGGCCAGAUUGUGUCCUCCAUCACUGCCUCGCUGCGCUUUGAUGGGGCUCUGAAUGUAGACCUGACCGAGUUCCAGACCAAUCUAGUGCCCUACCCCCGCAUCCAUUUCCCUCUGGCUACCUAUGCUCCGGUCAUCUCUGCGGAGAAGGCCUACCAUGAGCAACUUUCUGUGUCUGAGAUCACCAAUGCUUGCUUUGAGCCUGCUAACCAGAUGGUGAAGUGUGAUCCUCGCCAUGGCAAAUACAUGGCCUGCUGCCUUUUGUAUCGUGGCGAUGUGGUACCUAAGGAUGUCAAUGCUGCCAUUGCCACCAUUAAAACAAAGCGAACAAUCCAGUUUGUAGACUGGUGCCCUACAGGUUUUAAAGUGGGCAUCAACUACCAGCCUCCCACUGUGGUUCCUGGGGGAGACCUAGCCAAAGUUCAGCGGGCAGUAUGCAUGCUGAGCAACACCACAGCCAUUGCUGAGGCCUGGGCCCGCCUGGACCACAAGUUUGAUUUAAUGUAUGCCAAGCGGGCCUUUGUGCACUGGUAUGUUGGGGAAGGGAUGGAAGAAGGGGAGUUCUCUGAGGCCCGGGAAGACAUGGCCGCCCUGGAGAAGGAUUAUGAGGAGGUUGGCACAGAUAGCAUUGAAGGAGAAGGUGAAGAAGAAGAAGGUGACGAGUAUUAGCACUGAAUAUUAAUAUAGUAUGAAUAUUUAAUUUCUCUGUAUAGCUAACUUAUCAGUUGCUUUACGACUUGGGAAGUCCCUUCUCAAUAAAGUUUUAAUCAUAGA